AUGAGAUAUGAUUUUGUUAUUUUGAUGCUUAGUUCUUGCAUGAUUCACAAGCUUUUUUCAGAAAAAAAAAAUUACCUACCAAAGUUGGCAUUUACUAACCAUUGUUUUUUUUAUUUAUAA